AUGAAUUCAAAUUAUUAGAUUUUUGAAUACACUUCAAUAAAAAAAUAUUGUAAAUGUGGUAUUUUGUAUUUCGGAUGUAAAUUUAAGAGCUUCACCACCCUUUUUUUUCUAGGAAUAUUCAGACUUCAAUUACUUUGUUCUAUUGCUUAAACUUUACUUUUAAAAUUAUUUUUUAACUCUUUGAAGUCCUAAAAAUCCACCAUAUCAGAAUUCAAAAGAUUUACAUUAAAUAUCUUAGGAAAAUUUUAAUAAGAUAUAGAAAAAAAGACACUUUAAACUUCAAAAAUUUAUAAGAUUGAUAUCAGAUUGAACUAAUAGCAACACAGACUAAUAGACACUUCAUGA